CACACAUGCUUGGAAUGUAAAUGCAAAAGUAUGUAGGAAAGGUCUGAGGAGAAUAGGGAGUUUCAGGUAAAGGGAAGAGGAGGGAUGGUUACUGAGAUACAAAGAGGGGCAGGUCCAAUGGGCAGCCGACAGUGGGGUGUCGACCUACGUAACCUCUGUAUAGUAUAAAAAGAAGUAGAAGCAGGCAGAGCUUGUUUGGCCUCUGCUUUAGUUGUGGAGGAAAGAGGAGUCCUUUGUUCCUGUUUGAACUACCCGGUGCCACCCUGAUCAGACCCUAACUGAGCACGUGCCUCUGACUUUGUAACAAGAAACAUGACGGCCAUCAAUGCACCUCGGGACAAAUACAAUGCAGUAUGGAUCAUUUUUUUUAUCCUGGGCUUGGGAACCCUCUUACCGUGGAAUUUCUUCAUGACGGCAACAAUGUACUUCACAAGUAGGCUGAAGGACCUACCCACUGACCACUCCUCCAAUCCGAUGGUAAAUGAGACUUUGGAGGGCGGAGACGCUCGCAGUGUGCUGGAGUCAAAGUUUAACAACGUGAUGACGCUCUGUGCGAUGGUGCCUCUGCUCAUCUUUACCUGCCUCAACUCUUUCCUACACCAGAGGAUCCCUCAGAAGUUUCGUAUCUCUGGCAGCCUGGUGGUCAUCCUGGUUGUUUUCCUGUUGACGGCGGUGUUCGUCAAGGUGGAAAUGGCCCCGCUGCCCUUCUUCAUCAUCACUAUGAUCAAAAUUAUCUGCAUCAACUCGUUUGGGGCAAUUCUUCAGGGCAGUUUGUUCGGGCUGGCGGGGAUUCUGCCUGCCUCCUACACCACUCCCAUCAUGAGUGGACAGGGGCUGGCCGGCACCUUCGCUGCUUUCUCCAUGAUCUGCGCACUGGCCUCUGGAUCAGCCCUUCAGGACAGCGCUUUUGGUUACUUCAUCACAGCCUGUGUUGUUAUUCUCCUGGCCAUAAUGUCCUACCUCGUUCUGCCCAGGAUGGAGUUUUUCCAGUACCACAUGGAGAGUAAUGGAUCCAGACCCUCUGCCGAUGAGGAGAACAAGAUGGACUUACUCAAGAAAGAAAGUCCAGCAGAGAAGCGACCGGUGGUGAGUCUGAUGGAGGACGAGGCCAAACCCACCGUGUCUGUGUUAAACAUCUUCAAACAGAUAUGGGUGAUGGCUCUGUCAGUGUGCUUCAUCUUCACUGUCACCAUCGGAACAUUCCCAGCCGUGACAGUGGAUGUCGAGUCGACGGUAGCAAAUGGAGGCGCCUGGGAUACUUACUUCAUCCCUGUGUCCUGUUUCCUCCUCUUUAACUUGAUGGAUUGGGCUGGCAGGAGUCUGACGGCCGUCUGCUUGUGGCCGGGCAAAGACAGCAUGUGGCUUCCUGUCCUGGUUGGUCUGCGGAUCGUCUUCGUCCCUCUCUUCAUGCUGUGUAACGUCCAGCCCCGUUACUACCUCCCUUUGGUGUUUGGCCACGACGCCUGGUACAUCAUCUUCAUGAUCUUCUUCUCCUUCUCCAACGGAUACCUGGCCAGUCUCUGCAUGUGCUUCGGACCCAAGAAGGUCUCCCAGCAUGAGGCGGAGACGGCCGGGGCCAUCAUGGCCUUCUUCUUGUCCCUCGGCUUGGCGCUGGGCGCUGCAGUCUCAUUUGCUUUCCGGGCCCUGAUCUAAAAGAUCUCCAGUCAAACCAUCAGUAGAUGUAGACUUAGAUUAGACCACCCCGCCCUCAAACCCUCUCCCUGUCUGAACCCGUCAUGGGAGAGCCGUGCUUCUCUACAACAAUCUCCGACUGAGUGGAGACAGCACGGCAGAUUAGAAGACUAGAGGAUAUCCAGUCUUCUGAAGUGUACAGUAGAGACUUAUCUCAUAUACCGUAGCCAUCUCGGCAACAAUAUAAGCUGAAACAUGUUAACUGAAUAUUAGUUAUCUCGAUGCCAUUGAUCAAACGGGUUGCUUCUCUGAUGGAAUUGAAGAGUUCAUAGUGCAACUUAACAAGCAAAUAGAAACCAAAAGUGUAGAGAAUCCGUUGCAGUGGACUCGUUGUGACAGCAGAAACUCUUCAAGGUGUGUUUUAAGUUUCCCCGGAUCUCCCGAAUCUCGACCCCAGUGUUAAUGAAGAGGUCCCGUACACGCAGUAUCCUCGAGCCUCAUUCCUAUGUAUCCUAUCAAUGGCUUGUAAAGUUAUACAUUUCUUUAACUUUAGAAAUCCUAUGAAGUUAUGAUGGUGUGUGCAUAAAGUCUUAACAGAUUUUUAUUAAUGAGGCUCUUAGAUUCUGCUGUUCGGCUCAUCUAUAUAAACCUUUAAAUUUAACCCAUCAGUUUGUAAACUGAUUUUUUUUUAAAUUUAUUUAUAUGACUUCACUCUGGACAUGUGCAGCUUUUUAACUUUGAUCAAGCCAAAUACAUAAAAAAUGGGAAAAUUAUGAACUUUGAAGGGAGAUUACCAUUAUCCAUGUGCCUUGUGUAAACCGCUUCACUCCCUCGAUCUACUUGUCAAUUUGGGUCACUCGUAUUUGUAAACUUCCUCAUAACAAAUGAGUAAAUUCUCAAAGAAUGUAAGGCUGGACUAGAUCUUAAAGACCAUGUUUCAAUCAAUCUGCUGAAUAUUCGUUAUCUUAGAGAGUGGUGUUUGUUUUUAGUUAUAGUUGAAGUACCAGUGUGGGUCUGUUUGGUUUGUCUGAAAACACAGAGGUCACGUUUUCUGUCUCGAUUUUUCAGUCCACAUGUUGAAGUUUUCACUGUUACUGUGUCUUCCUGAUAAACAGAUUUUGCCACAAUGUAAUUUUGAACGCAGCAAAAAGAAAAUAUGCAGCCGUCAGUGACGUGAAAUGCACCAUUUGUGAGUGAGAUUGGGAAACUUUUUAAAUCUCAUUCUUUCGCCUUCAUGAGCCUGUGACAUUUCUCAUUUAAACAUGUUUUCAUAAGUUUUGUAUCCAAAUAGUUUUUAGUAUGUUUUUUUUUAAACUUUACGACUUGGCUCUCGCUGAGUUGGUGUUAUGAAUGAGGAGGUAAAACACCUUGUGCCGAUCAGUGUUAUAUUUUUUGUGGCAUUUUGGAUGCUUUUGUUGUCCAAAUAUUACUGAUAAUUCCAGCUGUAUAUCCUACCUGCCUGUUUUUUU